AUCUCGCACAUAAAGACAUCAAGGAGCCUCCACAUCAUGUGCCACAUUCCAGUCUUCUGUUGGAUUUCUGCAAUAGUCCUUGAACACAUGUUGAAACAUAAGAGAGAAGAGAUGCCCAAGACUCUGACUGAGAUGUACAUUCACCUUGUGGUGUUUCAUACUAAACAGAAGAAUGAAAAGUAUCUUGGGAAAGAAGAGACAGGUCCAGACUGGAAUAAAGAGAGCAUUCUGUCACUGGGAAAACUGGCAUUUCAACAGCUUGUGAAGGGCAAUCUGAUUUUCUAUGAAGAAGACCUGAAAGUGGCUGGCAUUGAUGUCAAUGAAGCCUCAGUGUACUCAGGAUUGUGCACACAGCUCUUUAAAGAGGAAUGUGGUCUGUACCAGGACAAGGUGUACUGCUUCGUGCAUCUGAGCAUUCAGGAGUUUCUGGCUGCUGUAUAUGUGUUCCUCUCAUUCAUCAACAACAAUGAGAAUCUAAUGGACAAACCUCAAUCAACGUCCAGGAACCUUUUUGCUCUGUUCAGAAACAAGCCUGAAGUUACUUUCUACAAGAGUGCUGUGUAUAAAGCCUUACAAAGUGAGACAGGAAACCUGGACCUUUUCCUCCGCUUCCUUCUGGGCCUCUCACUGGAGUCCAAUCAGAAGCACUUACGAGGUCUACUGACAAUGACAAGAAGAAGCUCACAGAGCCAUGAAGAAACAGUCAAGUACAUCAAGGAGAAGAUCAGGGAGAAUCCCUCUCCAGAGAGGUGCAUCAAUCUGUUCCACUGUCUGAAUGAACUGAAUGACCGUUCUCUAGUGGAGGAGAUCCAAAGCUACCUGAGCUCAGGAAAUCUCUCAGAAGCCAAACUGUCACCUGCACAGUGGUCAGCUCUGGUCUUUGUGUUGCUGACAUCAGAAAAGGAGGUGGAUGUGUUUGACCUGAGGAAA